AGUAUGACUGCCUUGAUUUUGGCCGCUCUUGGUUCUUUUGCGUUACGUAGAAGAGUUUCAAAUUUAUUAAUAGGAACGAUAGUUAGAAAAUAAUCAGUUUUAAUCAUGGAUGAUGAGUGGGAUGUGGACAAUGUCGAACCGAAAUUUGAUCUCGCAAUGAGAUCAAACAAAUGGGAAGGGGAGGACGAAGAUGAAGAUGUUAAGGAUAGCUGGGAAGAUAUUGAAGAAGAGAAGAAGGAUGUAGAAAAACCUGCAGAAAUCACCAAACCUAAAGCAAAACCAAAACCCAAGAAAGCUCUAGCUGAAAUGAUUGAAGAACGCGAGAAAAAAGCGAAAGAAGAAGCUGAAAGAAAAGCUAAGGAAAAGGAAGAAACUUUGACUCCGGAAGAAAAGAGAGAGGAGCUAUUAAGGAGACAAAGGUUGCAGGAAGAGGCAGACCUACGAUUGGCAAUGGAAACAUUUGGUGUAACUGAAGAAGCAUCAACAGGCCUUGAUGCUAUGAAUCCUAAUACGAAAGAAGAAUUUGACCAAUUUGCUGCAGCACUUUCACACAAAAUUAGCGAAUAUAAAAAACAUUCUGAAUUCCCACCAUUCGCAGAGGAACUUAUAAAGUCAAUUGCCUUAAACUUAUCGUCACAUGCUUUGAAGAAGGUAAAAACUAUGGUGGAUAAUUUAUUAAUAGAGAAACAAAAAAUAGAAAAAGGAGAAAAAGCAAAGAAACAAAAAGGAAAGGGCAAAGCAAAACUUAAAAUUGAAGGAGAAAAUACCAUGUUAAGCGAGUAUGGCGACUACGUUUAUGAUGAUUAUGAUGACUUUAUGUAGCGACUUUUCAUAUAAAUAAGUAUUCUAGUCGCCUAAAUACAUAUUGGAAGAUAUUAACUUGCAGAUUUAUACAAAAAAUUUAUAAUUAUACUUUUU